AUGCGGAUACUGUCGCUAGUUCUGUUUUACGCGGUACUCACCGCAAGUCCGCAUGGAUUUCCGGGCAUUUCCGCAGAGAAAGAGUACCCAGGAUUCGAAGAGAUCGGAAACGGACGCUUCUACUUCGAAAAGGAAAGAGAAACAAACUUUGUGAUAGCCAGAUCAUCUUGCCGCAGGAAGGGAGCACAACUGGCCGAAUUCGAGGAUGACAAGGAGUUCCAGGCGGUUAUGGCAAAGGCGGCCAGCGGGUCCAGCUACUGGAUUGGCAUCGCCGAGAACAAAAACGCUCUGCUGCAGCUGCAGGAUGACCUGAAGUUGUUGAAGAAGUAUCCCGGAUUCGAGAAGUUCGGAUACGGACUCUUCCACAUCGAACAGAUGAAAAAUGUUGUCCAGAUGAAAAAUAUCUAG